AUUAUUUAAUUAUUAUUUAGUUAAACUCAGGAAUGUGUAAAGUCCCGGUCCACACUCCAUAUCAGUAGGUGGCGGUAAUACACCAAAAAGUUGUUUGUCAACCGCCAUAAAACAACACAAAGAAGAAGAAGAAGAAGCAGUAGAAGAAGAAGAAGAAGAAGAAGAAGAAGCAUGGAUUUAACUUUUAACAUGUCAACGCUAGCGCUAAAUGACUUUUUAUUACAACGACUGUAGUGAUUACAGAGUUGUUAUCGGAGAGCAGAUUUCUAAGUUCUAGUUUCUAAGAUAUUUUAGUGUCAGUAGCAUUAUAUUUAGCUAGCUAUAGCUGUAGCUAUAUUUAUAUUUACCUCUGCUUUGGCUGGGUUCUCAUCGUUAGCUAGCUUACCGUUGACAUCGUUAGUGUUGUUGUAGUGAAGCGACAUGUCGGAGUCCGGACACAGCCAGCCCGGCAUGUACGGGCAGGGGCGCAGGAGGAGGCGGCGCCGGGGAGACCGGGACACUGGACCUCCAGGGCAAAACCUCUCCGGACCAAGUCGGGAUCGAGAAUAUCAACCGAGGGAACGGAGGGAUGGAAGCGAGGAUCCACCAGGUCCACUCAUUCAGAAGACCCCCAUCAUUCUUGCAAAGCCCCCAGGGGAAAGGGCCAAGCCGUCACAAAAUGCACCUGUCAGUGGAGCUCCAGUCCUGGAGAAGCCCAUCAUGCUAAUGAAAGCCAGGGACGACGGAGGGAAGCCAGGGGCCCCUCCAGAAGCAACAGCUCAGCCGUCUGGUCCUGGGCCCUCCAAGAUAGAGAGGGAAGGCCAGCGACCCACCCAGCCAGUAUACCAGAUCCAGAAUAGAGGAAUGGGUGCUUCUGCUUCCAGCAGCGCUGUGGACCCAAUGGUUGGCCAGUCUAAACUCCUCCCGCCAGAGAAGAUGAAGCACAGCAUUAAGCUUGUAGAUGAUCAGAUGAAUUGGUGUGACAGUGCCAUGGAGUAUCUGAGGGACCAAACGGAUAUGUUGGUGGUGGGAGUCAUUGGUCUGCAGGGAAGUGGGAAAUCUACGAUAAUGUCACUGCUGUCUGCCAACACCCCUGAAGAAGAUCAAAGGGGUUAUGUAUUCAGAGCCCAGACUCAGGAAAUUAAGGAACGAGGAGGAAACCAGAGCACAGGCAUUGAUUUCUUCAUCACACAGGAAAGAGUCAUCUUCUUGGAUACACAGCCAAUGCUCAGCCCGUCUAUCCUGGACCACCUCAUCAACAACGACCGGAAGUUGCCUCCAGAGUACAACCUCCCUCACACAUAUGUUGAGAUGCAGUCUCUUCAGAUCGCCGCCUUCCUGUUUACAGUGUGCCAUGUGGUCAUUGUCGUUCAAGACUGGUUCACUGACCUAAACCUCUACAGGUUUCUUCAGACUGCUGAGAUGCUGAAACCUUCCACUCCAUCCGCGAGCCACGACAGCACCGGCUCUUCAAGCAAUGACGAUGGAGCGGAGUAUUACCCUCAUAUAGUGUUCCUCCAGAAUAAGGCCAGACGGGAUGAUUUCUGCCCGAGGAACCUGAAGAACAUGCACAUGGUGGUGGACAAAUUAAUGGCCCACUCUCAUCUCAAAUACAAAGGCACUUUGUCCAUGCUGGACUGCAAUAUCCUGCCUGGCUUGGGGCAGGACUUUCUGUCACCUGAAGUCAACAUGUUCCUCCUCCCUAUGCAGGAGAAUGAUGGGGAGGAUAAUCUGACCAAAGCAGGGUCAGGAACGUACCCACUCUUCUCUCUGCUGCCGGGGUACAGAGGACAUCCUGCCUUCUCCACUAUGGUUUCAAAACUCCGCAGCCAAAUACUGGCCAUGCCCCGCUGUCAGCUAUCACACACCAUCCUCACUGAGAAGAACUGGUUUCACUACGCAGCUCGGAUCUGGGACGGGGUGAAAAAGUCUUCGGCCCUCUCUGAAUACAGCCGCCUGCUCUGUUAACACUCUGGUUGAGCUGUGUUAUAUAAACUCGCAGUGCACGCUGUAAUGUCCAAUAAGCAGGUCACAUCAUGAAAAAUGUGUCUCUGUAAGUGGGGACCAUCGUCUGUACCCUGCUGGAGUUAAACUGGAGGCCCGGUCAGUGGUGAAGACUCAGAGGGAAUGCAGGACAAUCCUCUGUAGACUUUGGUGGGAAUGAUGAACCUGCGGGCUCUGGGCACUCCGUGUCAGAAAGUUGUGAAUGUUGAAGGGACACUGCUGCAGCCUGUACAGCUGCAGUGGUGAGAAAAGGAGAAAACCAGUCGUCUGCACACGUUCAAGCAAAAUGUGAUAAUCUUUUAUUUGCAUUAUUGACUUUGUGAUAGUUUUGGUGUACUGAUGGUGCACUUGUGUUUUCUGAGAUAAAGAUAUAGAAUUGUGUAUUUUAUUUUAUUUUUUUCAAACGUCAAUAAAAAGAGGAACUGUCACCCACAAACAUGCAAAUGUGA